GCGAGAGCUGCAGCGGACAAACCCGAUUGGUGCCGAGAGCGACGUCGGUGAUUCCGCAACACAGGCAAAGCGAGCUGCAACAUAGCCACAUGUUUAAGCCAUCUAUUUGGACCGAAUAAUACCGGUAUUCGCUGUUUUAGAAGAAGAGGAAUAUAUUUAAAUAUCCAACUGAGGCGGCAACGUUUAAUAUGAAUUGUUCAUUUAAGGAUUUGCAGGAAACAUAGCGGACUGAAGCCGGCGAAUUCAAGCGGAGCCCAACAGUUAACAUUAGCUAGCUUUAGCCUGUUAGCUAUCCGUUAGCUCAGGAGCCGCUAUCUCGUCCACUCGCCUGACACCUGCACGCCAAGCUGUCCCUCGUUGAAGCUAAAUAGUCCGUUACAGUCCACGUCGUGGGGUCCUCGUUCUUUUUUCCUCAAGUAUUUUUUUGUUUUAAGUCCCGAUUUGACACUAAAGUAGGAGAGAACCGUGACAGGUUGAGGCUGGGACCAGAAGGGCAAUACAAGCCGUGUCCUCAAGUGGCCGUUCAUCAUGGACAACGCACACACAAAGACGGUUGAAGAAGUUUACAGCUUUUUUAACGUGAAUGAAAGCACAGGUCUGAGUUCAGAGCAAGUGAAGAAACAACGAGAACGAUAUGGACCAAACGAAUUACCAGCGGAGGAGGGUAAAUCCCUUUGGGAACUAGUGGUUGAACAGUUUGAAGAUUUGCUUGUGAGGAUCCUUUUACUCGCUGCCUGCAUAUCAUUUGUGCUGGCCUGGUUCGAAGAGGGAGAAGAAACCAUUACAGCCUUCGUGGAGCCUUUUGUUAUCCUGCUUAUUCUAAUAGCAAAUGCCAUCGUAGGAGUCUGGCAGGAGCGAAAUGCAGAAAAUGCCAUUGAAGCCCUUAAGGAGUAUGAGCCGGAGAUGGGGAAGGUGUACCGGCAGGACAGAAAGAGUGUCCAGAGAAUCAAAGCCAGGGACAUUAUGCCUGGGGACAUCGUGGAGGUGGCAGUCGGGGAUAAAGUGCCUGCAGACAUCAGGCUCUGCUCCAUCAAGUCUACAACACUCAGGGUGGACCAAUCAAUUCUCACAGGAGAGUCUGUGUCUGUGAUCAAACACACCGACCCUGUGCCAGACCCGCGUGCCGUCAACCAGGACAAGAAGAACAUGCUCUUCUCUGGCACCAACAUCGCAGCUGGUAAGGCUGUGGGUGUGGUGGUGGCCACCGGGGGCAGCACUGAGAUCGGCAAAAUCCGAGAUGAGAUGGCGGCGACGGAGCAGGAGCGCACACCGCUGCAGCAGAAACUGGACGAGUUCGGACAGCAGCUAUCCAAGGUCAUUACGCUGAUCUGCAUCGCUGUGUGGAUGAUUAAUAUUGGCCACUUCAAUGACCCGGUCCAUGGGGGCUCGUGGAUCCGAGGUGCUGUCUACUACUUCAAGAUCGCUGUUGCUCUGGCAGUUGCUGCAAUCCCAGAGGGUCUGCCUGCUGUCAUCACUACUUGCCUGGCUUUGGGAACCCGGCGCAUGGCCAAGAAGAAUGCCAUUGUCCGCAGCUUGCCGUCUGUGGAGACCCUCGGCUGUACAUCUGUCAUCUGCUCUGACAAGACCGGCACGCUGACCACCAAUCAGAUGUCCGUGUGCAGGAUGUUCAUCGUCGAUCAGGCAGCGGGAGAUAACUGUUCGCUAAAGGAAUUCACUGUCACUGGCUCCACAUAUGCCCCAGAGGGAGAAGUUUUCACCGAUGGCAAACCAGUCAAGUGCUCCCAGUAUGAUGCCUUGGUAGAGCUGGCCUCUAUCUGUGCUCUCUGUAACGAUUCCUCACUGGACUAUAAUGAGACCAAAGGAGUGUUUGAGAAGGUGGGCGAGGCCACAGAGACGGCGCUCACAUGCCUGGUGGAGAAGAUGAACGUGUUCGAUACGGAUGUCAAAGGCCUGUCAAAGAUCGAAAGAGCCAACGCCUGUAACUCUGUGAUCAAGCAGCUGAUGAAGAAAGAGUUUACACUGGAAUUCUCCAGAGACAGGAAGUCCAUGUCUGUGUACUGCACUGCAAAUAAGGUCCGGUCCUCUGUUGGCAAGAUGUUUGUAAAGGGUGCCCCUGAGGGAGUGAUUGACAGGUGCACGCACAUCCGUGUGGGCAUUAACAAGGUGCCCUUGACCCCUGGCAUCAAGGAGAAGGUACUGUCAGUGAUCAGGGAGUACGGAAGCGGCAGAGACACUCUGCGCUGUCUGGCUCUCGCCACCCGAGACCACCGCAUGGUCAAAGAGGAGCUGAAGUUGGAGGACUCUACCCGCUUUGUUGAAUAUGAGACUGACCUGACCUUUGUUGGCUGUGUGGGCAUGCUGGAUCCACCCAGGGCGGAGGUAGCAGCCUCCAUCAGACUCUGUCGCCUCGCGGGCAUCCGAGUAAUUAUGAUCACUGGAGACAACAAGGGGACGGCUGUGGCGAUCUGCAGACGUAUUGGUAUUUUCGGAGAGGACGACGAUGUUUCCAGCAUGGCGUUCACUGGCCGAGAGUUUGACGAUCUGUCGCCCGAUGCACAGAGGGAAGCUGUGGUGAAGGCGCGCUGCUACGCCCGUGUGGAGCCUUCACAUAAAUCCAAGAUUGUGGAGUACCUGCAGUCGUAUGAUGAGAUUACAGCUAUGACUGGUGACGGAGUGAACGACGCCCCGGCUCUGAAAAAGGCUGAGAUCGGUAUCGCCAUGGGUUCAGGCACGGCUGUGGCUAAGUCCGCUUCUGAGAUGGUCCUGGCUGACGACAACUUCUCCACCAUCGUCGCCGCAGUGGAGGAAGGCAGAGCCAUUUACAACAACAUGAAGCAGUUCAUCAGAUACCUCAUUUCUUCCAAUGUGGGCGAAGUGGUCUGCAUCUUCCUGACCGCGGCGCUGGGAUUCCCUGAAGCCCUCAUCCCGGUGCAGCUGCUCUGGGUCAACCUGGUGACUGACGGUUUGCCCGCCACCGCUCUAGGAUUCAACCCACCGGACCUGGACAUCAUGAGCAAGCCCCCCCGCAACGCCCGCGAGCCCCUCAUCUCAGGAUGGCUCUUCUUCAGAUACCUAGCCAUCGGAUGUUAUGUGGGUGCUGGCACUGUGGGUGCUGCCGCCUGGUGGUUUGUUGCUGCUGAGGACGGACCGAGGAUCACCUUUUACCAGCUGAGCCACUUCCUGCAGUGUGGCCCGGAGAAUCCAGAAUUCACUGAUCUGGACUGUAAGGUGUUCGAGUCCCCAUACCCCAUGACCAUGGCCCUGUCUGUGCUGGUCACCAUAGAGAUGUGCAAUGCCCUGAACAGCGUGUCAGAGAACCAGUCCCUGGUGAGGAUGCCUCCUUGGGAGAAUGUGUGGCUGCUGGGAGCCAUCUGCCUCUCCAUGUCCCUUCACUUCCUCAUCCUCCACGUGGAGCCUCUUCCAAUGAUCUUCCAGAUCACCCCUCUGAAUUUGACCCAAUGGCUGAUGGUGCUCAAGAUCUCCCUGCCUGUCAUUCUACUUGACGAGUUCCUCAAGUUCGCUGCCAGGAACUACCUGGAUCCCGGUAAAGAGCUGGAGAAGCCGGCCGGCUCCAAAGGCUGCUGCCUGUUCGCAUGCAUGGAGGGCAUCUCCUGGCCCUUUGUGGCCCUCGCCCUCCCCCUGGUCCUCUGGAUCUACAGCACCGACACUAACAUGGCCGACAUGUUCUGGUCCUGACUGACUUGAGCACAAUCUCGACUUUUUCCCAUUUUCCUCCCCCGCCCCUCACCGCCAUCACCUCCCCUCUGUCCUCUCCCUCUCCCCUCUCUGCCUUCCUACGUGUGCAUAGCUUGCGUGUGAGAGUGUUUGUAGAGUUAGCGUGUGUACUAGUGUGUGCCUACCUACCACGUGUGUGCGAGAAGGACCAACUUUAACACAUAAAACCGAAGGGAUAAUUUAAGAUGUGAACACGGAAGACACCUGGUGUUCGUUAGGAUAGGAUUUUUGAACGAGUGAGGCUUUAAAUGCGAGUGUAAGAAAAUCAUCCCUCCCGUAGCUGUGGACUUUGUUGCUUGUCUGUAAGAAAAAUAUACUGUUGACAGUUAUUUUAUUAUUAUUAUUUUUCAAUAUUGCCUUUAAGGUUUAUAUUUACUAUUCUGGGAGAAUCGGUUGUCUCAUGUCACUACAGGAACAGCAGUUGUGUUAAGCUUCCCUCUUCUUGAAUAGAAAAGUUAAGAAAUCCAUCAUCUGUACAGAGAUAGAAUUUUAUGCAACUUUUUUUAUGGCUUCGUCAAUUCAUCGACCACUGUGGCUUUGACUUACCGCCUUCAUUUACUUUCACGUUUACCAUUGUGUCUUCAGUAUAUAAACUCAGAACUCUUUCAGAGAGGACAAGCUCCGUGUGGCCGGCGAGGACGGGGAAAAGGUUUGGGAGUAAACGUUCGAAUGCUCUGCUUUAAGAAAAGAAAAAAUACAAAAAACACAUUUGAAAACAAAAACGCUGCAUGUCUUGUGACCAAGCAUGAACUGUAUGUGGUUUCUCAUUUCUAAUUUAAUUGUGAAUGUCCCCCCCCCCCCCCCCCCCCAUGUUAGAGUAUAAAUUAACCUCAUGGAUGUACUUUUUUUUUACGAUAAUGAUUUGAUAAGCCAGUUUUUCUGCACUGGGCAGAGCACAGCUACCUCAAUGUGAUAAAAAGAUUCUUUUUUUUGCUCAUCUCUAGAUGCUUUUCCCUACACGGUCAUGCUAAAGCGUAACAUCUGAGGUGUGCCCCUAUUUGCUUGUGCAGAAAACAAAGAACAAAACGUUUCCUUCCCCUUUAACAUUCCUGAGGAUAUUUUUUGUUUGUACUGAUUUCUGACUUUCAUUAACUUUAUUUGUGUUUUGCUUCGGAGACAGAACUGAGGGGGAUGAUGUUAUUUAGCAUCUCCAUGGCGUUUGAUUCAAAGGACAGUAAUGUUCAAAUCCUAAGAUGAAAAAAUACUAAUGCAGAAAGUACUCCAAUGAACUUGGAAUGCAAGAACCCAAAAUGUUGUUUUUUUACUUUGAGGAAAAUACACUCAUAAACCCUUUGAAUCAAAGUGUGCUCUGUCUUUAUUUAAUCGAUCGACUUCAUGGUUUUCAUAUCCAGUGUUUCUUUUUUUGUGUAUGUGCAUUUAAUACUUGAAUACAAACCAUUUCAGACUUAAGAAGGCUUCAGUGUCCCUGGCACAACAUGACCAGCAGGAGACAAUGCGGAGAAGCAGAUCUUUAAUAUUUGACUCUUAAAGGCUUUAAUAUCUGGAGGUUUUAGUUUGUGCUGGCUCGCCGCUCUCUGUUGUAGUGUGUCAGAGCCUAUUCAGUCAACUGCACUAAUCUUUAGACCACUUUUUUGUUUUGCCUCAUCUAAAGCAUGUUUUACAAGGUAGAAGCCUGGGUUUGUCCGCACCGUGUGUGUGUUUGUGUUCCACUUAACAACUGUGUGCUUUUGUUCCUCAAUGCCUUCCAUUGGCUCCCCUGUCACUAGAGUGAGUAUCCAUUUGCUUUCUUCACACUCUACUAAAUACACAUUCACUUCAAUCUAAUGAAACAAUAGGGCAACAGAGACCUUUUUCCCCGAGUAAAAGCACCAUUGAAUUAAGAAGAAUCCUGGGAAAUGUUUUUUUUGUAGUUCUCUUAAAGGAGUUUUAAAAAGUGAUUCUACCGUUAUUAAAAGUACACAAGAGAGCGAUUACGGCAUAUUGAAACAAUUACAAAGUGAUCAGACGUUGACCACAUGCCACUUUAAGAAAUGUUGCUGUGUUCUGUACUUGUCACCGCUCUGUCACUUGUCCAUAUUCACAAACCCAAUACCUACUAUUCAUAGUGUGAUUGUAAACGGGUCAUGGAAUUUUGAAUUGCUUUGUACUAAUGUAAUUUUCUCUCCCUUUUUAGGUUGGCUCUCAUAAAAUCUUGGAUCAUUUUUAAAGAGUGGGCUCAGAGGCUGGAGUCGUCCUCCUUUCCAGCAUGUGUGCUCACUCUUACCUUCACACACCCCAUGAUGACCAGCAGUGUGUGUACCCUUGCACUGACAAAAAGGACAUGUUUUCCACAGUAAUAAGACCAAAUCCAUAAAGGUAAACAUAAAAGUGGUUGGAAACAGAAUUCCCUUUGCCGCAAGCAGCACAACACAUGACCACACACACUUCCUAACAUUCGUAUACCUCUGUGUGCAGUCGCUAUAUAAACACGACACUAUUCCAUUUGUUUCCAGGGAAGUCUUCAACACUCUCAGCGUUCCUUCUUGCAUGACAAACUCAUUUCCAACCUCCAUGGUAGCUUGUCACGUAGAGAAUCUUUAAAACACUGGGUUCAACAGUCUUACAUCAGUGUAAAAAAACAUCCAUGCAUGCGUUUCAGCUGUAUGUUGGCUUUGCAAUUUGUAUUUAUAGAAUUUAAUGUAUUAUAUACAAAUAAAGACAUUAAGAAGGUUUUAAGAUGGAUAUAUCCUAGAUAUGUAAAUCACUGUUUUUAUUGUAACGGUUUGGUUAAUUUGCACAACACUAGAAAUGGAGAAAUGACUCAUGAACUUGACUGUGCUCUACUUGAGUUCUUUUUUUUUUGCUGAAUUUCCCUUCUGACAACUACUAAAGGCCAAUUACUGACCCAUUUAUUUUGUAAUGAAGUGAUCCUUUGCCAUGAGAACAGACUAAACACUUUGAUUCAUUGGUAAUCCUGCAAUACAACAGUGUUCUCCUGUUUUCUUAUGCCUCUGCGUUAGAACUAUUAUUAUCAUGUAUCUUUAUCAACUGCUGUAAAACUGUGAUCUAUUGCGAGGGGGCUUUCCCCUCAGUGACACCUAGUCAACGAACAACAUUAACCAUAUGUAAAAAGACGAUCGUUAUUGAUGACUAAUAAUGGUUGUACAUGCAUUACUGAGGUUGUGGUUUCAGGUAAAUAAAAGUAUAGUAUUUGAA